AUGUACAACAGCAACGACGAUGAGGAGGAGAACUACUCGAGGAAUAGAAGAAGCAAUUCGUCAGACAGUGGGAACGGGGACGGAAAUGGGAUGCUAGAUGAUCCGAUGAACACCUACAAUCAUUACAAUAACUUUAAUCGGUUUCACGAACAAAACAUGCAGUCAUGCAAAAUUGAUGAAAUAUAUGUAGACGAUAGUUAUGACGAAAAUAAUAGUUACAGCCAGAAAGGAGACAAGCUAGCCGACAAUAACCAUUUCGAAGUAAGUAAAAAUGUCAGUUUCGAUGGACCAUACAGUCAUAAGAACCUGAGGGAAGUUACCGAAAAUGAAAUUGAAUUAGUGGUGGACAACUUUUUCGAUCGAAUUAGAAACAAUGAGGAUGUCUACUCAGAAUGGAAAGUAUGUCCCAAUUUUAUCUUUCGACUUUUAUUUAUUGCAAAGUCGAGAUCCAAUAAUUAUAUGUAUCCAGUGGCAUCAUCCUUUAUUGAAGCCAUCGCAAAGGAUGAUUGGGUUCCUGAUUGGGGAUUCAGUAGUGUACAAUACUAUAUAAUUUUAAUCAACUUAGCAGAUUAUAGGAAAUCGUAUUACAAAAUCGAUCACUUUAGUUUUUCUCAUUUGAAUACUGAUCGUGGUUGGCACAAUUUUGUUCCCUUCGAAAAAUUAAGGGAGCCAGGAUUUAUCAAUGAAAAUGGGCAAAUCGUCCUAAGGGCUGGCGUCUUCCCUUUCGGUUCAGAAUCUUUUAAAAACAGCAGAGAUAUAAACUAUGAUAGUAAAUCCAGGACAGGAUUUGUUGGUCUCAAAAAUCAUGGAGCGACGUGCUAUAUGAAUGCCCUACUCCAGCUUCUCUAUCAUAUUAACAUUUUUCGGAAAGCUGUUUGUAUGAUGAUUUUUAACAUAGAGAAUAUUAUUGGUGAGAAAACUUUAGAGUUUUUUAAAAAAAAAUUUGAGAAAAAAAAACGAAGGAAAAAGUUGUGCCUCACUAGUGACAAGAGUUGCACCACUCAGAUCGUUGCUAACGGCCGGGAGGUGGACUCGAAGAAGGCGAAGAACCGAAAGAAGAAAAAGACAAAAUUUGAGCAAGCAGACAGUUCCGAUUCGGAACACUUCAAAGGGGCUUCCCCGAUGAGGAUGGUACCCUACACGCCUAGCGACAACAAUGGCGAGGAGGGCAAUCGUGAUGGAGAGGGCGACAUCCGCCAGGGGGACGAACACAAGCGGGAUGGGGAUCAGCACGAUAUCCGAAUCCAAAGGGGAGCCUUUGGAGAACCGGAAGUUACUGCAAACCCUCAUCAAUCCCAGUUGUACCAAAUGGGAAAACACAAUCACAACAUCCGAAUGAAGAAUGAAAUGGAAAAUGCGGACCUGCGGAUGAAUCAUCUAAGUAGGAGCAACGACAACGAUAAUGGUAGCAGCAGUACCACUGGUCAGCUGAGACACUCGAGGGAAGACCCCUUGGGGGCACUGCAUAAUGCGGCCCUAGCGGAUUCGUCCCCCUUCAGUGGGUCCCCUCUGAUGGAACGUCCAUAUGACCACCUCCAUCAGCUCCCAGCGGAUAAAGUAGAAAACGUAAAAGAGAAAAAAACGAUCAGCGAAUACCAGCAUAUGUACGCCCCCCAUGAACAGGUAAGCAACAACGAUGGGGAACAAACACAGGAAGAGGCAUCGUAUCGACCCAGCAACGUUGUAAAUAUUUGUCGAAUCAGCAACAACGACAUUGCAAAAAUUGCCAACAUUCCUAGCGUCGGGGCCCACGAGUACGAAAUAAAGAACAAUAAGAAGCAUGCCUACGUGCAUAAUUCGUCGUCUGACCCGUCUAUUGACACAGGAGGGAUGCAAAACAAUGUGAGCAACAACGAUAGCGGCGAGAUGUACUAUGACAACUCUGUGUACAAAAGUGAAGGGUACAACAACGAAAUGGUGAUGACAGUGAAUUGUAAGAAGAACAAAAAAAAAGGAAUGGUGUACGAAUCGAAGAAGAAUUUAAAAAAAAAAAAAAAGAUUUUCAAAUAUGCAAAUGAGCGAAAGGUGGAGCAGGGUGAAAAUAACGAUCAUGUGAUGUCCCCUUUUAGCUCGUCCGAUAACUUGUCAAACAUUUCGACCGUGUCCAAGGAGAAGAAGAAAAAGAAGUUCGCUUCUAACAACAAUUUUGAUUUAACGCCAAGUGGUAGCGUGAAGAAGGAAAAUGACAGCUCGGUGAAUAAUGCCCUGGGUCAUUCCGUGGGUCACUCAGGGGGUCAUUCAAUGGGUCACUCCGUGGGUCACUCCGAAGGCGAAGAGGGCCCCGUGCCGCGGGAUGGAGAAUCCUCCCCCUUGGGUGGUCUCCAUGGUUCCGGUGCCGAAGCGGACGGGGACGUGGAUGGUAGCCCGGAUGAAGACUCUGCUGCGGAUGAUCACGACGAUCAGAGGGAUGGUGCCCUUCGGGGAGAUGAGGACGGUUCCUACUCAGACAGCGACAUGUCCGUCCUGUCCAUCACCUCCUCCGGGUCGUCGUCCUACGUGUCCUGCUCCUCGGCCUCCUCCUCAUACUACCACAAAAAUAAAAGGAAAACAAAAUAUGAUAAGUCGAAAGAAAUAGAUUACAAGAACAUCCUCCUGGAGGAAGAAAACGAAAAGAAGAACAUCCUCCCAACAUCCUUGGCGUUACAAAAUUUGUUCUACAAGUUACAUUGUAUGAAUGAAGCUGUGUCGUGUAAAGAGCUGAUAAGAUCCUUUGGAUGGGACGCAAGUGAUGUGUUCACUCAACAGGACACACACGAGUUGCUAAAGUUGUUACUGGACAAGGUGGAAGAACAAAUGAAGGGAACGGUAGUCGAAGGCUCGGUGAAAAAAAUGUUCGAAGGAGAAGUAGAAACUUAUAUAGAAUGCCUAGACAUAGAUUACAAAAGUGUUAGGAAAGAGACCUACGAAGAUAUUCAGCUUGACGUACAAGGCUGCAACAACAUUUAUGAAUCUCUAGACAAAGCAAUCGAGGCAGAAGUGCUAGAGGGAGAUAAUAUUUACGAAACGGAUGGGUACGGAAAACAGAAAGCCAAAAAAGGCAUGAGGUUUCUCAGCUUCCCAAAUAUUUGUAUAUUUCUCCUCAAAAGAUUUACAUUCGAUCUGCAACGAAUGGAAACGGUCAAGCUCAAUAAUCGCUUCGAAUUUUACAAAGAAUUGGAUCUAUCAAAGUAUUGCAAAAAUGGAGGAGAGUAUAUCCUACAGGCCGUGUCAGUGCACCAAGGGAAUAUGAACAGUGGACACUAUUACUCCUUCAGCUAUAAGCAUAACGAAAAUUUUUGGCUGAAAUGUGAUGAUGAUAAAAUAUUUCGCGUGAGUGAAUACUCAGUCAUUAACGACAACUUCGGUGGGUACGACAUCAACAUGGAGAAAGACUUGUACGACUUUGACAUCGCAGAUAAAAUCAAACAGAGGAUGAAACACUACAGUGCCUAUAUGCUUGUCUAUGUAAAAAAAUCGCUCAUCCCGAAGCUUAUUAAAGAGUGUGACCCAGCUGUGGUCAAUCCACAGGUUGUUAAGAGAUGCAGAAUGGAAGAAAUUAUCAACAGAAGGAGGACCAAACUGAAAGAAGAAAUAUUACAAUACGUAAAAAUUAGAGUCUUCGAUAAGUACUCCUAUCUAUACAAGUCGUUUAGUGACCUCCCCCCAGUAGGUAUCCCCUCCCUUUUUAACAUUAAAUUUGACAGGAACAAAACCGUUUUGGAGACCUUCUGUAAAGUUUUGAAAAUCAUAAAGAAGAUUUACCUCUGCAAGAGGAAGAAGCGCGCGGAUUAUCUGCUGGGCCGCUCUACGAAGCUGAAGAGGGAGAGGGUGGAGAAGACAUCCAACCUGAGGGACACUCGCCCCAUGGGGGACAGCUCCACGUCCCCGUUACUCAAAUCCGAAACGCCGGCAGACGGCGGCGACCCCUACCGCCAAGCUCCACUUGGUGGACUUCACAAAGCGGGUGCGACAUCCAGCCGGAGUGACCGCGCAAGCAGCGAUGGAAAUGGACACAAUCGACCCUCACAUCAAAAAUCGGGGGCGAAGAAAACGCAGGAAAAGGAGUGGAACGAGCGGAACGAGCACAUCCAGGGGAAGGGUACUCGAGAGGACGCGUCGAAAAAGGGGUUGAGCGAGCGCGGAUUGAAAGAAGAGUGUACUACCCCCGAAAAGGGGCCCCUCGACAUAAAGAUAGCGUGUGAUAACCCCCCCGAGGAGUUUCCUCCGCAGCACAGCCCUGGGGAGGAGGAUUCCUUCUCUACGGUGUCUUCAGUCCCCUCCUGUUGCAGCACCAAGUCGAUUGAUAAAUACAUUAAAUAUUUCUCCAAGAGGAAGAAUGAAAGGGUUAAAAGAAGAUCCUCCCACGUGAACAACUCGAGAAUGAAAAAUUUCUCUUCGUCAAACAAUUCGUCGCACUACUCUUCUUCUUAUUCGUCCCACUCGGGGGAAGACUCCUACUCUUCCGCCUCUUCCUCAUCAUCGAAUGGUUAUGUAAAGGAGAAAAAAUGUUUCUACGUUUUGCUGCCCACGAAUGAUGUGUAUCGUUACUUCCCUCUAGACAUGAAGAUCAACAGUCAAUUGUACUUAUACGAACUCCUAAAAAAAACGAACAAAGAAUCCAACGAUCUAUUCCCAACCAUAGACAUAUUAUAUUUGCCCCAUAACAAAAAAACAUCCAUUCGAAAAAACAAUUCCAACACAAAAAAUAAAAACGUUUUGUUUUUUUUUAAAUAUUUUGAUAUCUACGCGGAGGAAAAGAUAGGUGAUACGUCCCUCAUUUGUCUGGACCUAAUGUACUGCGAUGUGUACCUGAAGCCUAAGGAAUUAGAAUGCAGGAUUAUCCAAAAAAUAUUGAAGGCAAUGAAAAAGGGUUAUAUUACCAGCUAUAAUUAUGACAUGUGGAAGAGUUACCUCAAUGAGCAGGAAGAAUACUACUACGUAGACGACCCUCUGAAUUUUAAAAUCUUCAUUGAGUAUAAAAAUAAGUGUAACUUAAUUAAGUCCAAAAAAAUUAUUGCUCACAAUAAGAUGGUUCCGGGGGACAUUCUCAUCUUUAACUUCCUGAGUAACGCACAACUGGAAAAGAAGAAAAAUUUUAUCGUCCGCUUGGGCACAAGGAAGGAGGAUCUUUUUCUCACUGAGGAGAACCAAGUCACCUAUGACCUCUUCUUUAAUGCUGACGUGCUGAGUAAAAUUCUCUACAGGAAGAAAAAGCUUAUUGAAAGAAUGCACAAAUGUUGCUACAUUGUUAGCAAUAAAAAUGGAGUCUACUACAAGGUGUCUUCCUGCGCUUCGGAUUCCGUUGACUGUGCCUUCCCCGCCGUGUCAAGCACCGGAGUUUCCAACCUGAACGGGGACCCCACCGCCAGUGAACUCUGCCAAAAUGACCUUCUCAAUGAUGACUACUUUGUGAAUGGAGGGAGUCCCAAUCUGAGGACGAAGAAGACGAAAAAGGAGACGGGAUCGGAAGUGCCGGUCCAGCAGGAUGCGAACAUGGAUUUUGGCGCUAUCGAUUUUGCCUCUCCGAGUCGUAUGGAGCAGGAAAAUUACUUGUCAUACGGGGAAGACCAGAAUGGUGCAAACGCUGUUUCACGUAGCGAGGAGGCAGAGGAAGAGGAGAACUCACGGAAAACAGCACUAGGAUUCGACGGAACCAAAGGCACCCCUCGCAUGGACCAAAAGGAGGGAGCCGACGCAAAGGACCCGAAUGGAACAAGAUUGAAUUUCUACCUCCCAGUGGAGAAGGACCCUCUUCAAGGAGUCAACGCAGCGCUCCAUGCAAAGCAUGAACAGCAUGAAGAAGAUGCAAACCUUGCAAACCGUGCGAACCAUGCGAAGCAUGCGGACCCCCCCCUGCCUCUCCUCAUAGACGAUAUGAAGGACAACACCCACGUAAUGGACGAACACAUGGAUGUCGAAGACGCAGACUUCACUGCACCAAACAUGAUGAAAGAAAAUCUGAGCAGCCAAGAAGUGAUGAACCUUUACCUUUACCUCAAAAAGUUCAGUACCAAAUUUGAGAAAAACGGAAUGAACACCGAGUACUGCUUGUUAAGUAAAAGCAUGCUCAUACCCGUGAACGAAGCUGCCGUUAACAACAAAAAACUCAUUUUUAAAAAGAAGAAGAACCACCCGCCUAACAUUUACAACAAUGAGUGUGUAAAUAUUUGUAGAGAUUACCAGUACCCAUUUUACUCUCCGCCUACUUCGGAUCUUUCAACGGAUGACGAAAAGAGAGUUCCUCAGAAAGGUAUACAAAAGGAAGAAGUCAAAAGAAAGAAGAAAAAAAAAAAUCACGACGAAGCUGUGACGGGUGUUUCCAUACAAAAUUUGAAUUGCUCCAGUGGAUAUGCUCAAAAGGAGGCUGCGCACAUGGCGAUUAGCGCAGGUAAAAAUGAUGAGGGUCAAGCGGACAGAUUAGUGUAUAAAUGCACCUCCAAUACCAUCAACGGGAUACGAGAAAGAGCGAAAGACGGGAAGAACAUCUCCGCGACGAGCAACAGUGAUCUUAAAAACGAUUAUGGACAUAAUAACAACCUGCGAGUACCCAGCGUCAACUUUAAUUCUUCCAACGAAAAUAAUAUUUCGAACGACCUAAUCGCCAGGAACGAUUCCGAAAUAUCGUUCUGUUCCUCUGCCAACUCGGAUCUGACAUACACCUCAGAAAGCACUGCCUACUACAUGCUGAACGCCGAGGAGUCAUUAGAAUCUGUCUACACGAACGAAAUAUAUGAUCAUAAGAAGAAGCGAAAAAAAAAAAAAAAAAAAAAAAAAAAAAAAAAAAAAAAAAAAAAAAAGGGGGAAAUUAAAAAGGCUUUAAUUUUUCUAUACACGUAUGGCAGGCAAGCGCACUGCCCACAGCUAGUGAGCGAUGAAAAAAGGGAGAGAUUAAUUAAAACUAAACGUAAAAAUAAAAUUAAAACUAAAAUUAAUAAAAAUGAGGGUGAGAAUGAUAUCAACCAAUGA